GCGUGUGCCUCGUAUCUCGAACGUUGUCGAUUAUCGUCGUCGUCGUCGUCGUUUGCGAAAUCUUAAAGCCGUUCUCGUGCGAAAGGUGCAUCAGGAACAGUUGUUCGGAGUUUGCGCGUGGAAAGUCGUGCAAACGGAGUUUUUGAAACGUCAACAAAACGUCGUUUUGUGAAGUGCAUCGAGAAGCCAUAAGAAAUAUCAUUAAAACUGGAUAAAUCGGUAGACCACACUGAAUACGAAAGCAUAUCUGUGGGUGAAAAAUACAGGAAAUUCAUUUCUAACGGACCAGAGUGCUUGGAUGUCGUGGAUGUUUAUGACGUGAACUGUUCAGCGUCGUCGGUUCUCUUAUCCACCAUUUGCUGUGCGCCGAGAAGGACCUUCUUUUCGGUGAAGAUACAGUGCGAGUUGACCCGGAAUACCCGGGAGAUAAGUUGCUGGAAGCGUCAGCGUAGAUAGACAUAUCAGAGCGAGCGAAUUCUUCAUCUAGAUAGUAACGCAUCACGUUAGUGCGAAGGUGUGCCAGUGUCAUCUGUGUGUUUGUUUUGUCCAGUCUUUUGUCUCUCUAAGUGUAAAGUGCCUUUUGUGGUGCCGUCAAGUCACAAGCCGGUCCGGGUACCGGUUUACUAAUAUUUGGAAUACCUAGACCUAGACUCCCACUCCCGGGUCUCUGUGUAUCGUGCCGUGUCGGUGGUUUGUGUCCAAAACAACCCGAAGCAAAGUGCCGUCUAAACCGUCUGCAUGCAGCCGUGGGUAGUGUUGUGACGUCACUCGCGGCAGUCGUAUCACCAAAGAAGAUGAAGUGUCACGCCGUGGGACUGUUGCUGCUGGCGGCGGUGGCCAGUGCCGUCUCGUACUGCCCAGCACGGUGCGUUUGCGACGAUGAAAAGCUGCACGUGACGUGCGGUGAAGGGGAGCUGGAUGUGUUGCCGAUCGCGCUCAACCCAUCGAUCGGCCGGCUAGUGAUCAAGUUCAAUCGCAUCAAGUCGAUCGAUUCGUCGAUUCAGUUCUACACCGAGCUGACGAUGCUCGACCUUAGCUACAACCAUCUGCUCAGCAUCCCGGAGCGUAUCUUCAUGUACCAGAAGAAGCUGCUGCAGCUCCAUCUGAACAACAACAAACUCGGUUCGAUCACAAACCGUACGUUCGGGGGACUGGACGAGCUGCGGGUGCUCAACCUGCGGGGCAAUUUCAUCGACGCCGUUGGCGUGGAAAUGUUUAAAGCGUUGCCAAAGCUGGAAGAGCUAAACCUGGGACAGAAUCGGAUUGCGACGCUCCAUGCGAGCGCCUUCGAAGGACUGGGCAAUCUGCGCGUCCUCUACCUGGACGAUAACUCGAUCAGUACCAUUCCAACGAUGUCGCUAACACCACUGAAGGGCCUUGCGGAACUGUUCCUCGGUACGAACGCACUGUUCAAGGUGUUGCCGGGUGCGUUCGAAGGGUUAACGCAGUUGCGCCGCCUCGACAUCCACGGAUCGAUGCUGGUGAACGUGACGGCCGAUACGUUCCGGGGGCUGGAGAACAUCCGUUCGCUCGACAUCUCCGACAACCAUCUGCUGAAGGUACCGACGGUGCAGCUCAGUAUUCUGAAGCGGCUCGAGGAGCUGACGAUCGGUCAGAACGAUUUCGAGGUCAUCCCGGAGGGUGCCUUCUUUGGGUUGUCCAACCUCAAGUCGAUCGACAUCUCCGGAGCGCUCAAUCUCCGCCAAGUCCAGUCCGGUGCGUUCUCAGCCAAUCCGAACCUGGAAUCGAUAACGAUCGCUUCGAACAAGGAGCUGCAGGAGCUGGACGAGGGUGCGUUCGCUGGGUUGCCGCACAUCCGGAAGGUUUCGCUGCGUGACAACAAAAUCGGAACGUUCCACGAGGAGCUGCUACCGUGGAAGCAUCUGGCCGAGUUCGAUCUGACGGAGAAUCCGCUCGUGUGCGAUUGUGAGGUGUUGUGGUUGCGGAAUCUACUGCAGCGGCAGGCUCCGGAGUCGCAAGAGGAUUCGCAGAUUGUUUGCGGUGGUCCAGAUCGGUUGCACGGUGAGUUGCUGCGGGAGCUGACGGCCGAUCUGCUCGGUUGUCAGCAUCUUCAGUCGAAGGAGCGCGCUAUCUUUGGGGCGAUUAUCGUUGCGUCGGCGGCUAGCUUAACGACGCUGGUGCUUAUUGUUUACCGGUUGCGGCAUCGCAUUCUUGAUACGCUGAGGCGUACCGGUUGGAGUGGAAGUAAUAAGCGGGCGACGUUGCAGGAAGAGAAAGACGUGGAAGUGCAGAAGUCACUCGGUGAGGUGGAGUAUCAUCAACCGCACUGCAAUAUCUACACCUACAACUACCACCAAGCGUACCGGAACUAUCAGCAUCCUUUCGGGGGGCAGUACACGCUGCCCUAUCCGCACUACCAGACGCAUCAGGUGGGAUCAGGACCACAGAGCCAUCAGACGUUGCAGCAUCAUCAUCAUCAACUGCAGCAACAGCAACAACAGCAGCAGCCUUCCGCUUCGAUCGUCUCAGUGACUGGGGCGGUCUAUGGUAGGCAGAAAGGUCCACCACCACCACCACCACCGCCACCACUACCACAGACACCGAAGGGUCCACUGAGUACCUCCUCGUCGACCACAUCCUCCAGCACCUCCUCGUCCGGACUGUCGGCGGUCUCGUGCGGUACGACCGCGUCCGGUGUGUCCGCACAAACGCAAUCCUCCGCUAUCUACUCACCACAGUACGCGCAUCAUAUAUACGAGGUGCCGAAGAAUGUUUCCGACACCUAAAGGACUUCGGCGGGCUCCCUUUGGCACCCUCAGCACAGGUCACAUAGACACUCCUUCACACAGUUAGCAAUCUACUAUUCUAAGCACUUUUAAGGUCAGACAUAAGGAGAAGCUGUCGAACUGCAAGAAAAAGUCGCGUUAGUUGUUUUAGGCGGAGGUAACUGCUGUAACAUAAAGGUAUCUUCGCUCCUCCACCCUCUCACAAGCACACUGCACCGUUGCAUUAGUAGAUAAGAAACGAAAAUCGAUCGGUAAACAAACAAACACACGAACCAAGCACUCACACCGACCCAGUCACCCGUCGUUGAGACCCUCGUUCCUCCUUCCAAUAACCCUUCAACCGACACAUUCACGACAUGAGUCAUAUCGAGAGAAGGG